CAUGGUGCUAAUUUCAGGUCCCUCCGGUCAUAUUAUUGUCCUCUUUCUCUCUCCCCCUCCUCUGUAAGGAGUCCAAAACAAAGAAAGCCGGUGAAUGACCGCCACGGUCACACUGUUCAAUGUUGAGCAAGCAAACAAGCAAACAGGAGGGACGCCGGUCCGCACAUUGUUCCGUUCCGUCCAGCCUUCCGGCCCCGUCCAGUCCAAAUUUGGUCAAUCAGUCAGAUUGCGACUUACCACGAACAUCACUCAAUCGCCAUUCACCCCGCAACAUCGUUCGGGAUGCCCUUCAUUAUCUACUGAUGGCGAAUUGAGCCAUGCCAUUUGUUUUUCCCAUCUGGGCUGACCUUUACUUGUCAUAACCGCCGGCUGUUGAACAUUCAUCUUUUUGUGCUCUCUUGCUCUCCGUCCGGACUCCAUCUUCCCGAUGGCUGCAACGGACCAGCCUUCGGGCUUGAUGGACAUCGCGAGCUCUCUCACGCAAGAUGAAAUCCCAUUCAAGCUGCGAUGCGCCAUCUGCAACAAACUGGCUGUGAACGCAUUCCGGUUGCCUUGCUGCGAUCAAGCUAUUUGUGAAACCUGCCAAGCGUCACUGCCAGAGACCUGCCCCGUCUGCGCUCAUACGCCCAUCUCCUCCGAUUUGUGUAAGCCGAAUAAAGCUCUCCGAACGACUUUAAAGGCUUUUCUCCGAACCGAAGAAAAAAAGCGGGAAAAACAGCGCCAGUCGGAAACUCCUGCGGCUACCAAUGACGCGACGCCUGUUCAGGAAACUCCCGCCCAGCAAGAAAACCCCGUGGUUUCCGAUCUCCCGACAGCUCACCCGGCCGAAGAUAUAUCGGAAGCGCCACCCACAAUAGAAGCUCCGUCAGAGGAUCCUCUGGCUGGUGGAAAUCCAACCGAGUCUGUAGCCGAGCAAACUGAUGGCGAUCAGGAAUUUCCCUCGGAAGCGCCCCCCCAGAUCGAGGACGAGCAGGCCGAACCUGUCCCCACGGAUGGAACGGAAAACCCUGAUACUACGGCGGAAACCAGACCUGGUGAAGGAGAAGAGGUCGAUGAGAAUAAGUUACCUCAAGAAUCCGAACAAGACAUGGCCCAAGGCCCGAUGUCGGGCCAAAUGUUUCCCAAUGGGAUGGGGCUCGGCAUGGCUCCUGGAAUGUUUCCCAUGGGUUGGAACAAUACCGGGGACUUCAACUCGAUGUCUCAAUUCAUGGGCAAUGGAAUGUUCAAUCCUAUGGGAAUGGCCGGUAUGACGUUGGACCCGAUGGUCGCGAGUCAGGGUAUGUUUGGAGGCUAUGGGAUGAGCAUGAAUGGCAUGAAUACGGGGAUGAAUUUCGACGCGGGUCAAGGGAUGUAUGGGGGAUGGGAUGGCUCACUGAACAAUAUGUGGAAUGGAGGCCAAGAUAAAUUCAAUCCAAAUGCUUUCGCAAAUGGUAUGGGCCCACAGUAUGGGGCCUCCUCUGGAUUUGGCGGAUAUAAUAUGUCUCAACCCAACGGAGUUCAUCCUCAAAUGCAGCAACAACAAUUCCCUUCCCAAGAUUUCCAGACCGGUUAUUACGGUCCCGGUUAUGGCCGUGGCAACUUCCGGGGCCGUGGUCGCGGGUUUUACCCUGGUGGCCGUGGCCGCGGCGGCUUCACGGGCCCUAUGCAAGUUAAUUAUCCUCCUAAUGCUAACUACUCAGCGUUUAAUUCCCCUAACUUCAAUCAAGACAUGCCAUCCCAAUCGCAGGAAAGCGUAUCUGCGGAGACCCCAUCGGGAGACCCCACUGCCACUGAGGCAACGAAUGCUAAUGGCGAGAAUGCCCCAAGCGGUGAUUUGGAUGGCGCCAGAGACCCUUCGUUGAAUGAAAGUACUACGGAAGCCGUGGGUGACAAUACCGAAGCCAUUGCUGCAGAUGGGCUCACUACGGAGGAGACGACUGGUCCCGAGGGCUCACAGCUACGUGGUAUACCAACUAUUGAGAGUCUUGACCAGGCCAAUGCUGCCCAAGUUAUGCACAAUGGCCCCAUGAUGCCAGGGCCGAUGGGACCAGGCUUUGGGCGAGGCGGUUUCAUGCGCGGUCCAUUUCCCGGAGGGCGUGGGGGACCUUUCGCUGGGCCGCCGUUUAUGCCCGGACCCAACAUGCCUAGAGGACCAGGGGUCGAGGGCGCACCAGCUGCUCCCCGGGCGAUGCGAGAAGGCCUCCCGAACACGAGUGUUCUCCGACAGCGGAAUUUCCAGGGACCGGGACGAGCACCUAUCUCAUCCGUGAGGCCUUCGGAAGUUUCCCAGAGCACCACUCCAGCACCUCAGGAAGACCAGCGACCACGCUCGACCUCGAGGUCGAAGUCACGACCCCGGUCAGCGUCGAGACCGAAAAGCCGGUCCCGUUCCCGUGCGCGGUCCCAGUCCGCUAGUCGUCGUCACAAUCGUCCACGCUCCACGAGUAUUGACAACAGUGCUGAAGACUCUGAACGCAGGCGUGAGCGACAGAGAAGGCCCCGUCGCGAAGAUCAAAAUGACGAACAAUCCCAAGUGGCAGAUGGCCACCAUACUCGUUCACCCUCGGUCGAUUCUCGCCGAUCUUCACAUCGCCGAGACAGGGAACGCGAUAGGAGAAGUCGUCGAUCGCAUCGCUCACACCGCCAUCGCAGCCAGAGUCCCAGCCGUAAUGGGGAUUCGCGUGAGAGCGAUCGACUUUCGUUGAUCCCUGAAGACAAAGAUGCGAGCUCUCGAAAUCGGACACCCGUCAUCAGCGAGGUCCUGGAGACCUUCAGCCGGAGCUACCGAUCCGGAAAAGAUCGCCCCAGUCGUCGAGAGGAAGAACGGGAUAGAGAUCGAGAUUCUCGACGUCGGGACCGUGAGCGCGAUCGCGACCGUUACCGAGAACGGGAGAGAGACCGAGACCGGGAGAGGGAUCGCGACAGGGACAGAGAUAGAGACAGGGCCCGCGAUCGUCACCGUGACCGUGACCGUGACCGCGACAAAGAUCGCGAUCGUGAUAGGAAACGGUCUCGUCGCGACCGAACUGAAUCCCCCGCCGGCAGCGACUACUCAUCUCGCCACCACUCCCGACGUAUCAAACGAAGCCGUGAAGACGAUGUCCGUGAUAGAGAUCGAACGGCAAAAGAUAAACCCUCAUCAACCAAGAUUUCUGAACCAGAAAAAGAUCCCCACACCCUAGAGCGAGAAGCUCGCAAUCGCGAACGCAUGCUGAAAGAGCAACAGCGGCGCGAAGCGAUGCACACCGAUCGUGAUGCCGGCAAACCCAGCCGCCGGCGUGAAAGUCGUCAGGAACGGACCUUAACAGGCGGCCGACGUCUCAGUUAUAAGUACGAAGACGACGAGAGCGAGGCCGCUCGUGCAGCACGGGUAGAAAAAGAACGAGAAGCUAGUCGGUGGGCGUAAAUAUAUCUUCACAUCUUCACAUCUUCACACAUUACCUACUACCUACCUUUCGAGCCUUAUGUUUCCUUUCCUUUACCCUCCCCCAUAUCUUCCGUGUUUCACGACAAAAAGAGCAUAUAGAGCGUUUCCAGGUAUCAUUAGUGGUUUGGGAGUGUUGUGCUUGCAUAGAAGAGAGCGUGCAUACUUAUUUUUACGGCUGUUGCUAUUGUUUUGUUGGCUCCGCGGUGGAGUUGAUGAGUAUCUACGCUUUCAUUCUUUGUAGAUAUACCUCCUGAGGAUCCCAGAUAGGAUGAAAGUCUGCCUUAUGGCUAUUUAUACAAUCUAGAUUAUUCAUCCUUAGUAAUUGUUCUCCAGGUUUCGUUUUCUUUAAUAAUUCAAGAAGGUCGUUGUUUUUGUUGUUUCG